CGCAAUUGAUAUACUGUCAUACAGCAAGGAUACCGCUUAAUUCUAAAAAACAAAUUCUUCCAAUUUACAAACACAUAAAUUAGCUCUUCACAGACAUAAACUACAAGUGAAAAUGGGUCAAUGGAGUUUGCUGGCUAUACUGCUCCUUACUGGCUACUUCUAUGUGAUUUGCAGCGCCAAGUCGUUAGAGCAGAGUGACUACCAGGCUGAUCUUUUUACGGGAUUUAAAAGUAAACAGCCACAUAAACGCUAUCAAAGCAACGAGGCAAGUGAAUAUAAUGCGAUUGAGGGUAAAGGUGAUAAUGCUGACGUAUUUGAUGAGAUGCAAGCUGAUGUCUAUGAAAAUUUAGUACGUUUAGUAAAAGUUAUUUCAGAAAUGCAAAAGGAACGUGAACGCGUAUCGAUACGUUACAAACCGAAUUUAGGAAAACGCACACAAAUGUACAAGUAAAUGUGAAUGCAACCAAGGAAAGAAUACUUAAUGAGAAACUAGAACUUCAUAAUUAUAACUAACUGAACUUGUCGAUGCUUUGAAAUGGCAAAUGAAAUUUAUUAUAUUUAAUAGUUUUAGUAGAUA